GCUAAGUCUUACAACCAUUUCGAAAGCUUAAAGAAAAAAAAAACAGUCAUGAAGCUCCAAACCCUAAUUCUUCUCACAGUUCUUGUAAUGGCUUCUGUGGCUGCAGCAAGGGAGCAAUAUCCGCUGGGUGGUUAUAGACCCAUCGGAAACAUAAACGAUCCUCACGUCAUCGAGAUCGCUAAAUUCGCCGUGACUCAGUACGACAAGCAAAGCGGUGCGAAGCUGAAGUUUAAGAAGGUGAUCAAAGGUGAAUCUCAGGUUGUUGCAGGGAUUAACUACCGCCUCACUCUCUCUGCCGGCGAAGGUUCGGUUACGAAGAUCUAUGAAGCUGUUGUGUGGGAGAAGUUAUGGCUUCACUCCCGGAACCUUACUUCUUUUAAACCUCUACAUGCUUAAAUCAUAAAUUAUUAAUUAAGUGUUGGCUUGUCUCAUUGCAUCAUUCCUCCUCUGUAAUGUUACUAGUGCUGUUAUUUAUAUCAAUAAAAGUUUAUGAUGAGUAAAUUAGAUUA